CUGCCGCCGCUGCGGGAGUAAACCACCAUUACUAAGCAAAAGGGAACUCUGGGAAAAUCGCAAACUAAUUCACCGACUGAAACUUGUUCUAGAGCAGUAGCAGGAUCUAAGCGAACCAAAAAUCGUAAAUGAAGUUAUUUAAACCUUAACAACGAUGAAAAAAAUCGAGAAUAUUACCGAGGGGAAGCGUACAACAAUGUGGGACUAUUAGAUCUGAUUCUUAGCUUCCGAUGACAAUUCUCCUCGGCUGUGUGCCUGCCACUACGCGAGCGGGUGGCACUCCGUCGAAUCGGACCGACCAAGUCAGAGCAGCAACAAGAGAUGGUGCUAACAGGAGGAGGCGGCUGGUAGCCUUGUACACAGACUCUGCUACUCUUCUUCUUCACCGUCUUCCUCCUGGAGCUGCCAUCGAGGAACGGAGAAAUGCCGAAUAGGUGUUGGCCGAGCUCGAAAUCCAGCUAAGCAGUGUGAGUCGUGAAACCUUUGGAAGUGGUCGCCGUCAUUGGGGAAAAGCUAGGUGGAAAACAAUCACGAGGAAUCCAUUGGAGGAAAAUGGAAAGCUGAAACCCAGAUCCAAUGAAACCCAGAAACGACAACGUUGAAAUUAGAGUUGCAGCGAUGAAGAGCAAUUCAAAUGCGGCAAAGUCAGAGAUGGUUUUGGCUAUAUAGGUUUCCAUCAAUGAUUUGGUAAGGGUUCAAGCUUCCCUCCGCCUCCUUGUCGGCAACCAGUACACACGACAUCUGGAGCUGGAACGUCGUUGGAGAAGAUAUCGAAUGGAGCUGGGAGCUAUCUCAGAGAAGACGACGUCGAUUGGAACAAGGUAGCCGAAGAUUGGAGAGGAAGCCAGAGGCCACCAGAGAAGAUCCGCAACAUUCAAAACCCAGGGUUAGAGAUGCAGAGGGUACUCUGGCGAAGAUGCAGGGGGUGCUAGGAUUUAUUUUUUUCAAUUUAAGUUUUCCUUUGUAUUUUGUAUUUUAAUUGUUCAUUUUAAUUUGAAAAUAACAAUGUGGCAGCUGACGUGGCGCAUACGUGGCUGCCACAUAUGUGCCAUGUAAUCAACCGUCAACAUUUUAUGGCUGACCGUUUGGUCAACGGUUAUCUAUAACGGUCAACAAAAUUGUCAGGACGUAAAUGAUACACAACUAUCAUACGUUAGGACACAAAUGUCAUAUCGAAUACUUUAGGACACAAAUGACACAAAGUUAAUAGUUUGAGUUUCCUAGUGGUAUUAGCCCAAUUAAUUAUUAUAAAGAGUAAAAAUUGUAUAAUAAGGUUAAUUAUAACUCAUUUAUAUGUUAAUGCCCUAUAAAUUGAUCAACACAUCCUAUCCAAAACUGACGAAAUGAACAUCACAUUAAACUCGAUAUCGUCUCAUUAUUGUCGGGUCCAUUCAUGCCCGAUUAGCAAGAGUUUAACGUUUAGCAGUUAAACAAACUAAAAUUUUAGAGAAACAAUAACCUAUAGUUUGUACAAAAUAUUAUUGUUUCGUAUUAGUUCUGAAAAUUCAUAUUAAUUUACAAAAUUCUACAUCGCUUUUUCAUAUUCAAUACUACAGUUCGAUAUGAAAUAUUCCAAGCAAUGAAAUUUGUGUUGCAAUUUUAAGAUUACCCAUCAUUUAUAGGUUAUAAAAUUAUAAAUCACGU